AUGUCUACAAAAUCUUCGGUGGAUUUAAGGGCCGAACUGGCUGAACUUGUGAAACGCAAAGCAGAAAUUGCUGACACUUUAGCUAACUUAGAACGACAGAUAUACGCAUUCGAAGGAAGUUACUUGGAGGAUACGCAAUUAUAUGGAAACAUUAUCCGUGGUUGGGACAGAUAUUUAGCCAGCAACAAAAACACAAAUAGUAAAGCAGACAAACGUAAUAGAAAGUUCAAAGAAGCUGAAAGAUUAUUCUCUAAAUCUUCUAUUACAUCUAUGGCUGUAAGUAACACUACCAAGUGGUACCAAAAUGGGCUGAAUGUCAAUUUGAUGGUACUCGGUACAAAGGGCACCUUGUGCAUGUUACAGGCAGUGAGCGGUCUAGUGGAGAACACACAAGAAAAAAUUGAACGAUACAGUGAGUCGGAGUCACAGAUUGGAAACAGCGGCAGCGAGGACAAUUGCAACUUUACCAAUGCGAAUCCCUCGGGGAAUAGCAAAGAGGCCACUGGAAAGAAUCACACCUCUGUUCAAAGUGGAUAUUCUCAAAAUAAUGGCACUCUUAAUAGCACGGACACUAAUGUCCAAUUUUCCAAUGGACCUAUGUCCAAUGGAAACCUAGAACAUGUUUCUGUAUCUGCGAAGGACAGUCACAGUAACAAUAAAGACUCUAAUAAUAAAAAUAGAUCUACGAACAGUGCUAAAAAGAGUAGUAAUAAGCGUUCCAGGAAUAGAUAG